AUGGCGACCCCGACCCAGGUCACCACAAAGGUUCCUCAGGAACCUGACCCAUUUUACUACGACUAUGAUACUGUCCAGACCGUGGGCAUGACUCUGGCUACCAUAUUGUUCCUGCUGGGCAUCCUCAUCAUCAUCAGCAAGAAGGUGAAGUGCAGGAAGGCGGACUCCAGGUCUGAGAGCCCAACAUGCAAAUCCUGUAAGUCGGAGCUUCCCUCCUCAGCCCCUGGAGGUGGCGGCGUGUAG